AUGACGUUAUUGAAACUACAAUUAGUAGAAAUUGGGGCUUCAGAACUUGAAGAUUUAGCUUAUUUGGAAGAAGCUGAUUUAAGUGGUGUUCUGAAGCCAAUACAAGUACGAAAGUUGUUGCAACAUGCCAAAGGUUUGCCUAUAUAUAUAUAUGUAUAUCAGUGGCGUAGCCAGAACGAUAAUUGCGGGGAGGCAUAUAUUCAUAUAUUCGUGUUCUGCUUUAUUAAAAUCUUUUGAAAUCAAUUGUUUUUAUGGUAUGUGAACACAAAUGUAUGAAUAUAUGCCCCAAUAUCGUUCUGGCUACGCCACUGAUGUAUAUUGAGCAUUUCUCUUGUCAUCAUAAUGCCAAAUCUACCACCUCAGUCUAUUUAUGAUUUAAUUUGGAUAAAUUUACAGUAAUUGUUAUUAUCAGACAACAAUAGCUAAAAAAAUAGGAACACCCAAGUGAACAUAAUUUUAUGCAUAUACAUAAACACUAAAGAUGCAUACAAAUCAUUUUAAGGUAAUAAUGCCCAAACAAGUAAAUUGCCACACACUCCUAAAGGCAACUCCAUAAUUGAAGUUAUUGAUGGAGGAGAUAGUAGUGAUACCUCCAUUUCAUCGCGGUGCAGUACUCCUCCAAGAUCUACAGAAGUGGAUAGUCCUUCAACUCUGGUUAAUAAGAGCACUCCAAUACAAAAGCACGGACACUGGGUUCAAGAUUUUGAAAUUCCAUGGUAUAAAAUGCCACAGUCACUACUUCAAGCAUGCGAGCAAAAGGUGACCGACGAGAAAUGGUACGAAUAGUUUGUGAUGACAUAAGAAAGCAUUCAACCUUGGCUGGUAGAAAAAACUUGUCCAAAAUUGCAAGCACAAUUGUGGCCAAACACAAAGAAUCGUUUUGUGACGUUGUUGGAGAUAAAGUUAUUGGAAGUGGGUACGAGUCUCUUCGUAAGCAAAUGGAAGAACGUAUGUUUAAUUUAAAUAGAAAAGGAAAGAAAACAAGUUCCUUUGGUGAAAAAUUAAAUGAAGUUGAUGGAACCUCUGAGCCACCUGCAAAGAAAACGAGGAAACCUGUCAAGGAUUCGUAUGGUUGCGUGAUUCAUAUCCUGAGAAUGAAAAUAAAGAGACACAAAAGGAGAAACAGGAGUGGCUAAUUAGCGAAUAUACAAAAGCUGACCAAGACAAAGAUCAGGUCAAACACUUCAUGAAACUAGCAUACACCUCCCCACACAUGUUCAUUAAGCAAAAACUAACGCCGUCUACAGUCGAUGAAAUAAAAGAGUUAUGGCCAUUCCUAUUUUUUAAAGGUUAUUUACUGCAGCACUUUCAGGAACUUAUAGGGUUUGAGCUUCAUGUAGUUUUCAUGGAAACUGUUGAACGAAAGGCUAAAGUUAUUUUUGAUUACAUGAAGCAGGAGCUGUCAAGAAAGAGGGUGAAAGAUUCAGUCAAACUGAUGCGAUGGAAUUCCGAGAGCCGAAAGCUGUUAAAAUGACUGGCGUCUGUCUUCUAUUGCUUGCAUAUUUUGACGAAGAGGAGGAGCAAAUGAUAGUAGAUACGAUGCUUCGAUGUAAGUAA